CAGAGUGAAGAUGCAAGGAGGGAGGAGGUGACUUCCAUGACUGAGCACUAGAAGACUGCGAUGCUGCCAAGGGGAAAUGAGAGGGUGGACUUGAACUCAACGUCAUGUAGUGGCAGUGAAGGCAGCAUUGACUUCACUGUCACGUCUUGGAGGAGCAGCAGCAGCAGGAGGAGGAGGAGGAGGAAUAAUGUGCAACGUUAUGCCGUUAGAGAGAAGGUGCGGAUAGGAGGAAGGAGGCAGGGGAGACUUCAACUGUGGGUCACUGGAGCUCCAUCGACCCCUGCCAGUGUUUAGGAAUCCAGGCUCGAUACUCCGACUGGAUCUCCUUUUCACAAACAUCAUCACCCACUGCGUGACGUCAAAGGGGUCCUCCAUUUCCCCUUAAAGGGCCAGUACAUAGAAAUCAGAAUGCAGCACUUUGCCUCCAACGUCUCUCUCUUUGGACACAUUAUCCCCUUCGCUUGACAGCUGGGGGGGCUUUUUUUAGCGGGUUAAAAAAUAGUAAAACGACAUAAGGUGGGCGAGGUCACGUGCUGACACUUGAAGCAUGCACAUAGUAAAAUGGCUACUGUUUUAUUUUACAUUUUCGGUGCCGAAUACAUUGCCAUUUGCACACCAGUUAGAGCUCGACGUCCAUAAAAGGUGGCCGUCACAAAUAGGCUCUGCUGACUCAGCUGUCGGUGACCUUUUUAGGUGCCCGGAAAUUGGACGCCUUCAAGUACACCGGCAGCCAUGAAGCACACAUCAACAUUGCCCCUGGACCUCCAUAUGUAACAAAUGACGUCAUUGCCGGGCGGUGGUGUGUGACGUCACAAGUGACUUUUCCCGUUACUUAGCUAGCCCAGCAGUUCUGCCCUUCAAACAGAAUAUCAUACGUUUAACUUUAAUGGCUGAAUUGGGUUGUAAGGCGCAUUCAUGGGGCAGGUUAGGACUCGUCAGACUGGUUCCUCCUACUUCCUCAUAUUUAGCCGUGGAAUACCAAAGCGGUGGAUUCUUAAACUCUUCCUAAAGUGGGUUAUUCCAGACAGCUGAAGGACAGGAUACAGUGAAUGCAACAUAAUGGCAGACAAGAUCAAAGAUGCUAAGAUUAUCUUUGUAGUCGGCGGUCCCGGUUCCGGUAAGGGCACCCAGUGUGAGCGGGUAGUGGCUAAGUACGGCUACACCCAUCUGUCGUCUGGGGAUCUGCUGCGUGCCGAGGUCAGCUCGGGGUCCGAGCGAGGCAAGCAGCUCCAGGCCAUCAUGCAGAGGGGGGAGCUGGUGCCCCUGGAAACCGUCCUGGACAUGAUUAAGGACGCCAUGAUCGCCAGGGCGGACGUCUCCAAGGGCUUCCUGAUUGACGGUUACCCCCGUGAGGUGAAGCAGGGGGAGGAGUUUGAGAAAAAGAUUGGCAAACCCUGCCUGCUUUUGUACGUGGACGCCAAAAGCGAGACCAUGGUCAAGCGGCUUCUGAAACGUGGCGAGACAAGCGGUCGUUCGGACGAUAACGAGGAGACCAUCAAGAAGCGCCUGGACCUUUAUUACAAGGCAACUGAACCCGUCAUUGCUUUCUACGAGAAACGUGGCAUUGUCAGAAAGGUGGACUCUGAGCUUCCUGUGGAGGAGGUCUUCAGCCAGGUCUCCAAGGCCAUUGAUGCUCUGUAAGGCACACACGGAGAUCGAGCAGCCGGCCUGAGCAAACGGUCUUACACGACCGCCCUCGAAACGAACUAAAGCAUCGAUGAUGAUGGUUUGCUGACUUGACAUCGUUUGAUUGACACUUGGACCCAAAGUUAGUCGGAAUGAAAUAAUUGCAAUUUGAACUAAACUCCCCUCAUGAAAAGUAAACAAGCACUUUGGGAUCCGCACCUUUUCAUCAUUGACAGCCAUUUUUAUGCAAAUAAGGGCAUCGUACAAAUGUUAACCUUUUUGGCUAAGAGCCGUGAAAGCCACAUAUUUUAAUAUCUAUUCACAUAAACGCCAUCUAAUGUUUUUUUUUAAAUUAAUUACAAACAUUAAAUUCAACUAAAUGUGUGCAUUUUUAAGCCAGACCAACAAAGUUUGACCUUAUGGUGCUGCAUGGCUUUGCUCUCUAUUCCGGAUCUUUCCGUCGGCGUCUUCAUUGUACAAAGGAUCGGCUCUACAAGACUGAUUCUCAAUGACCCGGCUAGCUAGGCUGCCGCUUUAUCCAGAAAUCCUGACAUUGGAUGAUGAUGGGUGGAUUAAAAUGUGUAAUAAGGGUCCCCAAGCCAUAGGUUGCCCACCCCUGUUUUAGCGAAACCCUAAAAUAAACCAUAAUCAUGCAUCAUCUAAAACCAAAAGUAUUCAACUCUCACAUAUUAGUGGACAAAUUAGGUUUUGGGAGAUUCUUUUAGACGAGCGACCCGAGUGAAAAGUCUGCAAACACUUCAUUAGCUGAACUUUGACCCCGGCUUGAGGCAUUUUUCAGUAUGCAAAUUUGGAAUGAUCCAUCCAAAGCUUCUUUUGCAUAAUCCUGCUGACAGAGGUAAUAACUCCUUUCACACAAAACGUAAUACGUGCCUCGCAUCCCAUCCUAAAAAAACGAAGGUCUGCUUUUGUGCCAACUCCAUGAAGCAUGCGCUUAUUUAUUUAGCUUUCCCGCUAAGAAUGUCGUCCAACAGCACAAAGUCACUGAUGUACAUAAAAGUGCAAAGAAUACUGAGUUCUAAUAAAGAAUCCUAUCUAUA